GAAAUACUGCCCUCCAGGAUAUGACCCCCAAACGAAGGCUUUACCUGGCUAUUCGGCUUUGUGCCCGUCCUGCCUGAUUUUUUUUUUCCUAACCCGGAUUAAAAAGAGAUCCAGGCGCAGCCGCAAGAAGCGAGCGCCCUUCGGUAGGACGAAACGACAAAGCCGAGCUCGUCGGCCUCCCCUCUACUCGGCAGCCGGAAACGGGAAGGCGGAGACGCGGAUUCCCGAGCCUGGAGGGAGGGGUCCUGGAGGGCUGCCGCCUCUCUUAGCAGGACCAGGGCAAGGAGGGGUGCCUCUCUGCCGGGGAGGGGAGCGGCCCUGCCUGGCGCUGGAGCAGGAGCACGUGCCAGCAGGCAGCGCAGGAGAGGGGCGCCACCCGCGCCAUCGUCAGAGCCCCUGCCUCUUCCCCGUCUCCGUCCACCGCAUGUCAAGCCUGCAGCGGCCCGUGGCUGCUUCGGCCCAGGCCGCGUCGGUUUCCUUAAGCGCGGAGCAGGCCAAAGUGGUUUUGGCAGAAGUGAUCAAGGCAUUUGGAUCUCCGGAAAAUGCUCAGCGCCUGGAGGAGGCCAGGGACAAUGCCUGCAAUGACAUGGGGAAGAUGCUUCAGUUCCUGCUUCCUGUGGCUACCCAGAUACAACAGGAUGUGAUCAAAACCUAUGGUUUCAGUAAUGAUGGGGAAGGAGUCCUGAAGUUUGCCAGGUUGAUAAAAUCAUAUGAAUCUCAGGAUCCUGAAAUUGCCAGCAUGUCUGGGAAGCUGAAGUCUAUGUUUCUGCCUCCAAUGACUCUGCCUCCCCAUGGGACUGGGACAGGAGGUGCAGCUGCAACGUCAUGAAGCAGACUGCCUCGGAUGGGAUUGCUUGUCCAUACUAUUUCUAGGUUACCAUGUCAGUCUUCCUUGGCUGGAACUUGGGCAUUGUUUUCUUUCAUUAUCAUGGAAGAGUUGUUUUGACUUUUGUCUAUCGUCCUUAAUUUGACUUUUUGUUUUGUUUUUGGUGCUUGUGAAUAAAACUUCUUGUAAAUGUGUCCCAUCAUA